CCUUGAAGCUUCGAACCUUUUUCGGCACGAUUGUGCUUCGUGAGGCUUCAGUUGCCCACCAAUAGUAUAUGCUCAUCCCGCUAAAGCAAUUGACUUGAAAAGGAGAGUGACAUUCUAGAAGUAAUGAAGCUGCUGAUCUUAACAAUUUACAAACGAGUUCGCUUGAGGAACGAGCGCAUGUGACGUCAUUGCAGUCAAUAGCCGAAGGGUUAACGGCGCAGGCGAUGAAACCCGAUGCGAAGUCGUCGACCGCAGCUCAGGAUGCCACGUUAAUUUCAUGCUCGACUCCUUCAACAAAGAGGCUGCACGCGCAACGAGGGGCAAAGCAACAACACUAGUGCUUUGGCGCCAUCUGGUGGCAUCUUGGUGCUAAAAUUUUGUCCAUUGGCGGCAGGGCCCAGGCUCACCGGCCCGUCGUCCGUGACGCGAGAUGGCGUCGACGUUGUCGGUGCUGUUGCUACUGGUCCUGGCGUCUGCGGACGCUGACUCGUGCGAGGGGGGCCGCCGCUCGUGUUCCGGCACCGGAGACCCGCGACCGUGCACCGGUGACCACUGUCCCGCGGGCGGGUCGUCCAGACCGCCGCGUCACCCACAGACCGGCAGCCCGGAUCACGCCCCCUUCUCGGGGAGUCCCCAGCAGAGAAGCGCGGCGGCGGCGGCGGCGGUCGCCCCGCCGUGCCGCGACGCCGACUGCGUGAGGGCGCCCGUGACCGGCAACCAGACGCGGGACUGCAAAGGGUUGGAGUGCCGGCUCCCGCUGCGGAUCAUCAGACCCCGAGGGCCCGCCGGGGACGCGGGGGAGAGCUCGCCGCCGCCGCCCCUGGUCCAUCUGGCCGACAGAGCCGCGCAGUUACUGGGAGACUUCCCCGAGUCUUCAGAACUCAGUGAUGCGCCUCUAGGUGUCCAGCUCACCUGUGACAUCAAACCAGGAGAAAAUGAGGUCCCAUCAGAAGACGCCCUCAUCCUCCACCUCCAGCUGGCUAAGGGUCAGGAGAAGUUGGUGGAGGCUCUGCAGGCGCAGCAGAUCCUCAUCGGCGAGUUGCAGCAGAAGCUGGCUGACCAGCAGGUGGUGCUCCUGUCGCAGCAGCGCGACAUUCUGACGCAGCAGCGCGGCAUGUACGAGCAGAUGGAAGCGGUCGAGGCCCACUUCGGCCUCCUGGGCGACGUGCUCAAGCGGGCGUCUUUCCGAGACCUGCAGGGGGAGCUGCAGAGCUACCUCCGUACCCACCUCGCGGGCCUCCAGAGUCAGGCCCGCAGCCACCUGCACAACGCCGUCCACAUGGUGGACACGAACGCCAAGGUGACGGAGGCGGCGGGCGCGGCUCGUUUCCCGCAGCAGCUGUCGGGGUGCCCCUCUGCCUGCCAGCCGGACCACUACUGCGACUUCCGGAGUGAUCCGCCGCAGUGCCACAAGUGCACCGUGUGUCCGCCAGGAUUCUUCCUCAUAUUGCAGUGCUCGCCCACCACGGACACCGUGUGCCAGGACAGAGAUGAAUGCCUCGAACUAGCAAACGUCUGCGGCGUGCGAGUCAAAUGUCUGAACACUCCAGGUUUGUCAACGGCCAACAAUCACCACCAGGAAUUGUUUUGCGAUGACUUGAUGGUAUUUUCUCCUGGGGCCUCAGGAGGCUUCCGGUGUCUGGGAGCAUCCCAAAGAGAAGCGGAGACGGGCUUGUGUGGCCACGACUACUUCUUCAACCAAGAGAUUCAGGAGUGUCAGGCCUGCUCCGACUGCGACGGUGACCCUGUCGUCGUCCCCUGCACCACUGUCACCGACUCAGUCUGCGACUCGCCCUCUGGGGCACGUCUCUCCCAGUCCUGGAGCGCCAGCGUCACCGUUCCCUCAGCCCGGAAGUCUGGAGGCCACAUCUUUGCCGGGCUUCAGCUGAGCGUGCGCAGCAAGGAGCGUAGCAAUCUUCUGUCCAGCGAGGGCGGCCCGGUGACGUUCGUGCAGCACGGGCUGCUGUGGCUGGACUACAAUGUUGCCAUCGAGCACAGCUGCAGGAACUUCCUCCAGGUGGGCUUGAGGUUCAACACCAGCCAGCAGGAGGAAAGUCAGGAGCUCAGUGGGGUACGCGUGGAGCAGCCUGACGGGAAGUACUUCCAGGCCGUGAGCGUCAGUGGCGGGGUAGAGGUGGAGCCCAACGACACUGUGAGUCUUCUCCUUAGGAGCCCCAACCAGCACUGCAACCAGAGCAAGGACCUCCACGUCUACGACAUUGCCACGCCUACCUUGAGCCUGCUGUGGUUGUCGCAUGACACUGGCGCCGUGGCCAUGACUGCCGAAAUGUCCCUGCUGGUACACUACCAGUCCAACUACCGCCCGACGUUCCGUGUGACGUCGGUGUCCGACCCUUACGUGAUCGGCUUGACGCACGACAACCGUGGCGUGCGAUUCACGGAGAAUGGUGUGGUCAAGUUCAACCUCCAGCAGGCGCUCUACGCUAUGGGGCACACUUGCGUCCGCGAGGGCUUCUUCCUGAUCGCCUACACCAGCCACAACGGCACGGCCCAGGAGGCCACAAGGGCCUUCAAGACGGGCGUCAACUACAGGGACACCUCUGUGACGCUGGCGGGAUCUGUGGCCGUGGGCGGUGGCGACACGCUCAGCUUCGAGAUCACGUCGCCGUCACAGUGCAACGUCCGUUAUUUCGGAGACGGCACCGGCAUCAGCACUCUCAGCCUGAUCUGGAUCCCCUCGGCCGUCUCGUCCACGUUGACCGCCACCGUGGCCGAGGCGGGCCUCCCACUCGGAGCGGUCCGCAACAAGCCGCUCGCCUUCCAGCAGAUCUCUCCGGACUCGCAGCAGGUCCGCCUGGCUCGCUCGGGAGAGCCAAACAGCCGCAAUAACUUUGUGUUCCUGGAAGAGGGCACUGCCAACAUCGCCUUGAACCUGAGGCUAAUCCACUCGUGUAACGUUGUUAAGGUGACUCUCCAGCGGGCCGGCGGUCCGGCCACUCCCGUGGCUCAGCAGGUUUCCGGACACAUGCCACAGGGCAGCCAGUGGGCCAGCGUGGGCCUGAGAGCCUCCUUCCGAGUCCACAAUGGGACCGCCGUCUAUGUCACCCUGGACUGCAUCCGCGGACGCAUCAACCAGAUUUCGCACGUGGGCGGCACCAAUAUCUCCAUUCUUUGGGUCGCCACGUGAGCUCAGAGACACUUAAUUCUUUUCCCCACAAAGUUGGCUUACAAGUCUGAUGAGGAUGUUAUACUGUAUGUCAGUGUAGAAUGUCAGUUAUUAAGGUCAUAGUAAUGCGCAAAAGUUAAAGGGACGCAACGGGACUCCUGUUGUUUGUUGAAGACGCUUCACCUUUAAUCGAAGAGGGUUCUUUAGUUCUCUUUUAACCUCGUCAUGUCUCCAAAGGAACUCCACGCCUGAGAUAUGUAGACUCAGUUGAUUCAGCUUAAAUCAAUCCCUUCCCAGCUGUCCCCACUCACCACAGGUGGUCCCCAGGGCUCUGUCUUGGGGCCCCUACUCUUCAUCACAUACUUCUAUCUAUUGGGCGGCUACAGCUCAGUUGGUAGAGCGGGCUCGUCCACUGACCAGAGGGUUGAAUCUCGGCUCUGAUUGUCCUCUGUAGAAGUGUCCGUGGCCAAGACACUGCAUUAUAAAUGAGAAACUGUUCUCAAUCGCCUGACACGGUUAAACAAAGGAAAAUAAUAGUUAUCCCAAUCAGCAAUCCAUCCAUCCAUCCAUUUUCUGAGCCGCUUCUCCUCACUAGGGUCGCGGGCGUGCUUGGAGCCUAUCCCAGCUAUCAUCGGGCAGGAGACGGGGUACACCCGGAACCGGUUGCCAGCCAAUCGCAGGGCACACACAAACAAACAACCAUUCACACUCAUAUUCACACCUACGGGCAAUUUAGAGUCAUCAAUUAACCUACCACGCAUGUUUUUGAGAUGUGGGAGGAAACCGGAGUGCCCGGAGAAAACCCACGCAGGCACGGGGAGAACAUGCAAACGCCACACAGGCGGGGCCGGGGAUUGAACCCGGUCCUCAGAACUGUGAGGCAGACGCUCUAACCAGUCGUCCACCGUGCCGCCCCGCUGGCUACCGCCAAAACAUAAUAAUAUUAUUUCAAACUGAAGGAGCCUUUUGGAUUACAGGUGAAAGGUUUUCAACAAACAAUAGUCCAGUUGCCUCCAUUCAACGUUUGCGGAUGAUGCCAUGUUGUAGUUUUUGUUUGUGUUACUGUGAAGUACUGCUUUUACUCGGCGUACUUCGGCUGGUUGAGCAGUGACCAAAUUGUCUUAUGGAGUGCAUGUUAGUGUGUUUGUGUGCGUGCGUGUUUUUGUCCGUGUGCGUGUGUGUGUGUGUGUUUUUCAAGGUAUGGAAUAAUUCAAGUGUUGUACAUGUAUUGAUUAAUGAUCUAUGUUUGUUUGCUCAUUUUAAAAGGUCAUUAUUACUUAUACACAUUGUCAGAUUUCGCUUAUCCGCAGGACUAAACGGGAGAAAUGUCCUGACCGACUCUCCGUUUAAAGGAUCAAGCCUCCCCUUCUGUUCCCUUGCCGUCUCCAACGACGUACGCGCAAGAAGACGGGAGCUUUUAAGCCGGUGUCGAGAUGAAUUCGCCUAGGCGUGCUAACUGCCUUUAGUUUUACGGAGCCAAUCCGAUCUGCCCUCACUUAUCACCCCUUGUUGAGUAACCGCACCGAGUGAAAGGGUAAUAUUGUGAGUACUCCAUUUUUACAGCAGCUUCAUCUCUUAAAAAUCGUUUGCACUUGUAAAUUUAACAAUCCUUGUUAGGACCGUACGGAUUUGUUUUUGUAUUAAGCCGAAGAGAUAUAGAUGAGUUACUUUUCUGGAUGGUGUUACGACCCGGUGUUAUUGGCAUCGUCAACGUUCAGGUUGAGUGAUAAAAAUGAGACAACUCUCAUUAUAAGAAUGACAAAGAUAGAAUAAAAUUAAGGCAAGGUUUUUAUUUCACUGAUUACUUAAGGUUAAAAUAAUAAUAUGACAGUAAGGGGUUUGUAAUAUAGAGUAAACAAUAAAAUAACAAAAAUGAAAAGAAGUAGAAGUAGUUUAAAAGUAAUGAAUCAUAAAACAAGUAUUACCUUUUGAGUGAGCUUUAAGGAGUGAUCAAGUCCUAUGGAGCCAUAAUGCCAAUUAAUAAUAAGAUAAUUUGGAAUAUAAGAAUCCCUGGACAGCUGACCAACUCUCUUCCCUAUCCACGCAACGUCAAUGGCGGUUCUAUUAGUUACCUUAUUAUAAUAUUCUUUUAGUCUUACCCAAUUAAAGAGGAAGAUUCAAAAAUGAAGUGCUAUUCCAAGUAGCCUGAUGAAUUCCUCCUGCCAGCAUGUCCCUUGUCAUUGCGAGAGAAAAGAGCCUGUGUCUCCCUAUCCUCUAGAGAAUAAGGAGCCCCGUUUAUCAGCGUGUGAGGCUUUUAUAACCUUGGUUUUCAGAAACUCCCUUUUCUAAAAUAAUCCUUUGUUUACAUAUUCUGACACGCGCUCCUCGCUAUUACUUUUUAUCACCACUUCAGAGUGUCCUGACAUGACCUGAGUGGGAAGCACCUGUUUCCACUUCAGAGUGUCCUGACGUGACCAGAGUGGUAGUAUCUUUCACUUUCACUUCAGCGUUAUCCUGACUUGACCUCUUAUUUGCUCACCCAAAUAGGUUCUUAGUAAAUACAUUCAACUACAAGCACAUUUCAUGUCUUGCGGGUUCUCAGUAAAUACAUUCAAUUUCAAGCACAUUUCAUGUCUUGAACUCCAUCCAUCCAUCCAUUUUCUGAGCCGCUUCUCCUCACUAGGGUCGCGGGCGUGCUGGAGCCUAUCCCAGCUGUCAUCGGGCAGGAGGCGGGGUACACCCUGAACUGGUUGCCAGCCAAUCGCAGGGCACAUCGAAACAAACAACCAUUCGCACUCACAGUCAUGCCUACGGGCAAUUUAGAGUCUCCAAUUAAUGCAUGUUUUUGGGAUGUGGGAGGAAACCGGAGUGCCCGGAGAAAACCCACGCAGGCACGGGGAGAACAUGCAAACUCCACACAGGCGGGGACGGGGAUUGAACCCCGCACCUCAGAACUGUGAGGCUGACGCUCUAACCAGUCGGCCACCGUGCCGCCUGUCUUGAACUCAACCAAUACAUUUCAUCACACCAUGUUAAUCUCUAAGCAAUCUGCAAUACAUGUGUAUAUGUUAAAUGUCAAAUAAACGUAUAUACAUUCAUGUGAAUACAAUUCUCUCAUGCAUUCAA